AUGGCACAGAAAGCCGCAAAGACGCUGGCAAGCCGCAAUGCGGCUGUUCUUAAGCGGACGCAUGUCAUCUCAGCCGCGUUACACCUGUUAUUUCUGCUUUUGCAUCAGGUCUUCCAGCGCCCGCGUUCCUUAAAGCCAUACUUCCUCUUGGCGGUCCCGACUCUCCUCAUUGAAUUCUACCUUGACCGCGUAGGACGCCCCCGCUACACCGACGAUGGUUCUCUGCGCUCUGCCGGCGAGGAUCUCAAUGCUACUGGCCUCACAGAAUACAUGUGGGAUGUCUUGUACUGGACUCAAGGUUGCAUUGUGGCUGUGUGUCUAUUCAAUGACAGGGCUUGGUGGUUGUGGGCGGUGAUUCCACUCUACUCGGUCUACUUGGCCUAUACUACCAUCAUGGGUAUGAAGAAAGGGUUCGCAGGGAUUGGGGGUGGUGGCAGCGAAGAAGAAGACCUCAAUGCAACAAAAAGCAAAACGCAGCUUAAGAAAGAGAAGAGGGGUGGAGGAAAGGUCAAAUAUGGCCCAUCUGGGUGA